CAGGGCAAUGGAGAUCUUAAAAGAAAGUGGACCUGGGCAGUGGAAUGGCUUGGAGAUGAACUUGAAAGACGACCAUACACUGGCAAUCCUCAAUACACUUACAACAAUUGGUCUCCUCUGGUGUAAAGCAAUGAAACAUCAAAUGGUUAUUUCUUGGAGAGAUCACAGAGUGCCAGGAUGACACUUGCAAAAGCUUGUGAACUCUGUCCAGAGGAGGAGCCAGGUGACCAAGAUGCCCCAGAUGAGCAUGAGUCGCCUCCACCUGAAGACGCCCCAUUAUACCCCCAUUCACCUGGAUCUCAGUAUCAGCAGAAUAACCAUGUGCAUGGACAGCCGUAUACACGCCCAGCAGCACAUCACAUGAACAACCCUCAGAGAACUGGCCAACGGGCACAAGAAAAUUAUGAAGGCAGUGAAGAAGUAUCCCCACCUCAGAUGAAGGAUCAGUGAAAUGCACAUGAUUAACUGGUUCCAUCAAGACUGUGCACCCAGGCCUCACAGUCCAACCUUUUUCUGUGUCUCGCUAAUAUUUAAA